CCUACACUCCAGAUCAGCAAGUUAUCAAGCCAAUUGGCACUUGUUGAUUGGCCAGUGUAUUAUGGCCUCAAAUGGCAUAUCUACUGGUAGUAUAUGUAUUGAGCAUGGGGCUCUACUGUAUUUAUAAACACAAAAUCAAACAACCAAAAAGAUAACGAACUUGUAGUCGAGAAGAGAAAGAUAAGGGAAAAAAGAAAAAAAAAUGGCCUCAGCAUCUCUCCUCAAGACAUCACCAGUCAUUAACAAAACUGACUUCAUAAAGGGUCAGCCUCUUCGCCAAGUCUCCGUUGUCCGGUGCCACCCUUCUCCUCCUUCCGGAAUCACUGUCCGUGCCAGUUCCUAUGCUGAUGAACUCGUCAAAACCGCGAAAACAAUUGCAUCUCCUGGUCGUGGAAUUUUGGCGAUGGAUGAGUCAAAUGCUACCUGCGGGAAGCGUUUAGAUUCAAUCGGACUAGACAACACUGAAGCUAAUCGCCAGGCAUACAGGACCCUUCUUGUUUCAGCUCCAGGACUUGGUAAAUACAUUUCAGGUGCCAUCCUUUUUGAGGAGACACUUUACCAGUCCACUGUUGAUGGAAAGAAAAUUGUUGAUGUACUUCUUGGGCAGAACAUUGUUCCUGGAAUUAAGGUUGACAAGGGUCUAGUUCCCUUGGCUGGUUCAAACAAUGAGUCUUGGUGCCAAGGUCUUGAUGGCCUUGCCUCGCGCUCUGCUGCUUACUACCAACAAGGCGCUCGUUUUGCUAAAUGGCGUACUGUGGUGAGCAUUCCCAAUGGUCCUUCUGCGCUUGCAGUGAAGGAAGCAGCCUGGGGUCUCGCUCGCUAUGCUGCAAUUUCUCAAGACAAUGGGUUGGUACCAAUUGUUGAGCCAGAGAUUUUGCUUGAUGGUGAACACAAUAUUGAUAGGACCUUCGAGGUUGCGCAGAAGGUGUGGGCUGAAGUUUUCUUCUACCUUGCCGAAAACAAUGUCAUGUUUGAAGGUAUCCUCUUGAAGCCUAGCAUGGUCACCCCCGGAGCAGAGUGCAAGGAGAGGGCCACCCCAGCUCAAGUUGCUGAUUAUACACUCAAGCUCCUCCACCGAAGAAUUCCCCCCGCUGUCCCUGGAAUCAUGUUUUUGUCUGGUGGACAAUCUGAAGUGGAGGCUACUCUUAACUUGAAUGCUAUGAACCAAUCUCUCAAUCCAUGGCAUGUAUCGUUCUCAUAUGCCAGAGCCCUUCAGAACACAUGCCUCAAGACAUGGGGUGGAAGACCAGAAAAUGUGCAGGCAGCUCAGGAAGCUUUGCUUACUAGAGCAAGUGCCAACUCUCUCGCACAGCUUGGCAAAUACACCGGUGAGGGUGAGUCUGAGGAGGCCAAGAAAGGAAUGUUUGUGAAAGGAUACACCUACUGAGUUAUUAGAACCAAAUUAAGCAUGUACAUGUUUCAUGAUGAAGCUUGAGAUGAGGCCGACAUGAACUGCAUAAAAGCUUAUAGCUCCUCAAGAAUACCGUCUUUGUUCAUAAACAUGUACCUUUAGCAAUUAUUGACAUUCAUGCCACUGAGUUCAGUUUUAUGUUAUUCUUCAAAUUCUUGUCCAAAUUAUAUGAUGCAGUCCUGUGCCAAAUGGAUUAAAACCAAUUUCUCUGGUGCAAA